UCUACCCGACGUUGACGGCGACGAACUAUUUCGAGUGGGCGCUCAUCAUGAAGGUGAACAUGGAGGCCCAAGGCGUGUGGGACGCUGUCGAGGGUGGCGGGAGCUUUAGCGAGGAUAGGGUGGCGCUAGCGGCAAUUUUGCGAGCCGUGCCACCGGAGAUGCUCUCCACGCUUGCCGUGAAGGCGACGGCAAAGGAGGCAUGGGACGCCAUCAAGACCGUGCGUGUGGGCGAUGAGCGUGUCCGUGAGGCCAAGGCACAAACUCUACUCAAGGAAUUUGAUUCCGUUCGCAUGCGGAGCGGUGAGACGAUCGACGACCUCGCCAUGCGCAUGAACGGACUCGCCAACAAGAUUCGCACCCUCGGUGAGACCUUCGAGGAGGUGAAGGUCGUGAAGAAACUUCUUCGGAUCGUGCCGUCCAAGUACACCCAGGUAGCUAUUGCAAUUGAACAGCUUCUUGAUCUUAAAACCAUGUCCAUGGAGGAGCUUGUGGGAAGACUCAAAACGGUGGAGGAUAGGAGCGAUGCGGACGACGGCGUCGACAACAAUGACCAUGGCGGUGGAGGUCAAUUGCUACUCACAGAGGAGGAGUGGCGUUCUCGCUACCGCGGCGGCACCGGCAAGAAGAAGAGUACAUUCGACAUCCGUAAGGUACGAUGUUAUAACUGUCAGGAGUAUGGGCAUUUCUCCAAGGAUUGCACAGCACCAAGGAAGGAGCAGGCACAUCUCGCCUUCGCGACCGCCGAC